AUGUUCAAUCUUGGUGUGUUCCUUUUGCCACGGGUCAGACUUACUUCUGGGGUGUCUCACAAUGUCAGAUUUCUGGCUACAAGUGCGAGAGUAACCGUCAAACCUCUGCAUUCGAGAAAGACGUUGCUGAUCGAUACUUACAAAGAGAUGAUGGACAAAAGCCCCGUGGUGCUGUUUGCUCACUACAACAACUUGCUGAAGCAAGAAAAUGCAUUUUUCCGUGCACAAAUACAAGCAUUGGGCGGUAAUAUGACCGUUCUUAGAAACCAAUUAUUCCAGGUCUAUCUGCGAAACUCGCAUCUCGCAGAUCCGUGCGCUCCCUCCACCAAAGCCGAGCAAAACAGAAAUCAUCCUUUGUUGCCGCUUUUCAAAGGUCCCACUGCAGCCAUAUCUUUUGCAGAAACCGAUCCAUCGCAGAUACUAAAGUUUCUGAAGCUGCUCGAGAAGAGCUCCGAUAAAAUGUUUGUGGUGGGUGCCCGAAUCGAAGAUCAAGUCAUGGACGUCACCAAAUUGCAGCAGUUCAAAACUCUACCGUCCAAGUCCGCUCUACAGAGCCAGCUCUUGGGUCUAUUGUCGGUGCUCAGCGGUGCCGGUUUGGUCAAGACGUUGGAGGCCGGUUCUCAUUCACUGUAUCUAACCCUGCAGUCGCAUCACGACAACACUGGAAAGUCAGACGACAACAAAUAA